AUGUCUCAUAAGCCUCAUCGCACCGACCGCGCGUCUGCACCACCAUCUACAGAUAGACUACAUAGAGACAGCAGUCUCCAAUCCGAGGGCAACUUCACCAUCCCAGUCCCUGAAUUCUCGCAUCCAUCGUCCUCAGCUACAGGCCACCCACUCCAGCCCGGGACAUUGGACCAGAACAGCGCCGUACCGUCCGUCUCGCUGGCAAUCCUCCUCAACCAGCUACACGUAGCUAUCAAAAACGACCAACUCCGACUUGAGCGGGCCGCUGCUGCCGUAAGCUCCGCACGCGUCACAAUUCAGCUCGAGAUAGACACACGUGAUGUCCUCGCGCGGGAGACGCAAAAAGCCCAGGCUGGCAGAGACGAGGCGAAGAAAGAGCUGGAUAGGGCGAGGGCAUUUCAUGAGUCAGUUCAGCAGUGCUGUACUCAGGCUGGAGCAUCAGCGGCCGCUACCCAGACCCUUGCGCCCCUUGAAGCUGAGGUGCAGUACCGCACGAGAGAUCUAGAAGGGUGCGAGGCACGAGUUCAGAACGUCAAAGCGCGACUCCAAGAGAAGGAGGACAUUCUUAAAGAUUUACGUACCAGCCUUGCAGAGGCAGAGAAGGUGGUCGAAGAGGCGCUAUCACGCGUUCAAAGGGCCGAGCUCAAGGCUAGGAGUAGGCACUUGGCUGAAGGGAUCUCAAGGCUUCUUGAGCUAGCAGCACAAUUGCGCCCCAACAAUACGCGCUAG